GGAGGGGCACAGGGAAGGGGGCCAAAGAGAUGGGGGGAGUCUGCUGGGUGUGAGGAGAGUCUGAGGGAGGAGCAGUAGGGAAGGGGUAAACGGAAGGGAUGGUUUGGGGUCGGGGUUUAGGGAGAGGAAGCCAGAGUCCUUUCCUACCUUCUCCGAGGCUCUCCCCCACCAGUACCCUAAAGUGACACUCAUCUGGCCAGGCCGGCUGGUUCCUCUUUCGGCACCUCCUAAGCGGCAGCUGAAAUACCUAGGGGAUGACAUUUCCCGCCCCGCCCCCCAGGUCUCCCACCCUGCACCCUCUCCCCAGAGACUCAAGGGUGCGUGUGCUUCUCCAGGCAAGGGUCCUGGGAUGGGCAGUGGGGUGCGAUGGGCCAGGCUGGCUGAGAGACCUGCCAGGCUUGCGGCAGGUCCCAGGAGGAGCUACUCUGGGUUGCCAUGAGAGAGACCUUGGAGGGAUCCUCUGUGGAACAGCAGGAGGUAGCCCCCCAGAGUGAGCCCAGGGAAGGGUCCCAUAACGCCCAGGAGCAGGUGUCUUCUUCCGGGGAAGAGGGAGUGCAGGGCAUGUGCUCAGGCCAUGAGGCUCCCGGACCGGAGGAAGGUGUCCACACUGACCGACCUGAGGCUCCCUGCAGAGGAGGCCAGGCUGGCACACCACAGAAGGCUGAGCCUGUGGGCUCCUGCCCAGGAGAUGAGUGGAUGAUUCGGAAGGUGAAGGUGGAGGAUGAGGACCAGGAGGCAGAUGAGGAGGUCCAGUGGCCCCAGCACCUGGCCUUACUGCCCAGCUCUUUUCCCGCGCCUGACCUGGGCCGUUUGGCCGCCGCGUACAAGCUGGAACCGGGGGCCGCAGGGGCACUGGGUGAACUCGCGCUGCCGGGGUGGACCCCAGUACCCGAGAAGCCCUAUGGCUGCGGGGAAUGCGAGCGGCGCUUCCGGGACCAGCUGACGCUGCGGCUGCACCAAAGGCUGCACCGCGGCGAGGGCCCCUGCGCCUGCCCCGACUGCGGCCGCAGCUUCACUCAGCGCGCCCACAUGCUGCUGCACCAGCGCAGCCACCGCGGCGAGCGGCCUUUCCCGUGCUCCGAGUGCGACAAGCGCUUCAGCAAGAAGGCGCACCUGACCCGCCACCUGCGCACGCAUACGGGCGAGCGACCCUACCCGUGCGCCGAGUGUGGCAAGCGCUUCAGCCAGAAGAUACACCUGGGCUCGCACCAGAAAACCCACACCGGCGAGCGGCCCUUCCCCUGCACCGAAUGCGAGAAGCGCUUUCGCAAGAAGACGCACUUGAUCCGGCACCAGCGCAUCCACACGGGCGAGAGGCCCUACCAGUGCGCGCAGUGCGCACGCAGCUUCACGCACAAGCAACACUUGGUCCGGCACCAGAGGGUGCACGAGGCAGCCGACCCAUCCCGGACCUCUCCCGACGCGCCCGCCUCGCCCCAUUCCCCUGCACCGUCCCCCACCCCCGCC